GGGAAACACAGUCAUUCGAAAUUUGUUAUAUUGCAGCUCCUUACUGCGCCGGCAAGGUCCUUCAAACAUCAUCCAAGGUUUGCAUCCAUUUUAUACUGCGAAACUGCAACUGCAACUGCUAUUGGGAACCUCAUUAACGGAAUGUUCGGCGCUUCCACCAGCAUUGUCAGCUUGACAACUUAUCGACAUUCCAUACUGUUGUCUUAAAUACAAUCAAUACAAGUUACAAACUCAAAGAAUUGUCUAUUAAUACCAUGUGCUUUUAAUGAUUCUCCCCUUCCAUCAUCCAGAGGAACUGCUGGGCCUGUGAACACUUGUUCGAAGCAAUCUGCCAAAGUCUGAGUGUCCGUGAUGGCUUCCUUGAUAAGUCGAGAUCUCAUACCAUUUCCACCUGGUGACAAUGCCAGCGACACCUUCAUCGAAGGAGUGCAUUUCAACCUCACAACAUUGAAACAUUGGAAUUAUACCUUCUAUUCCAAUGCCACUUUUUCCAAUGGAUCCCUCUGCUUCAUCCUCUUCGACCCAUAUACCCCUCAUUUACUCCAAAAUGGCACAUUUCUUAACAGCACAUCAUGUUAUUCAUCAAUUGAGCCGAUGGGAGCGCGGUCUAAGAUUGGCCUCGCAAUGGGAAUCUUGUUUCUGAUCAGUAUUAUGUUCACAUUAGUUAACCUACGAAAACACGGCCGAACAAGUUUAUCUCCUCGAAAACGAUUCCGCGCAGUGAGUAGAAGAUGGCAAUGGUAUUGGAUGCUUGUAAUCGGAACUUGCGGAGGUAUUAGCGGCAUAAGUACUGUCGAUGUUGACAGAUACUUUUUACCGGAAUUGCCUUUUGCUUUAACGAAUUUUUUCUGGUUCUUGAUGAUACCUGCAACGAUGGCAGCCGUGUGGGAGAGUGUAAGACAUUGGGGCAGCUGGCAAGAGAGACAGAUGCUUGACAUCCCUGAAAACCGACGCGCAUUGAGGGAGGACGAUAGAAGAACGAAGAUUGAACUAGUGAUACCUUUGGUCUUCUAUUUCUUCUUCUGGCUAAACUUCUUAUUGGUCAUACCGAGAUCAUGGGGCUCAUUCGAAAAGCAACGAGAUUUGAACCAGAGCAAUGAUAUUGCUGCACCGGCCGCAACAGAUAUUCGGUUCAAACUCACAGCUUUCCUUCUUUUUGGAGGAUGGUUAACAAUAAUCUACUCCUUGCAACACUCGAUAUAUCACUAUAUAUCCCACGAACAGGCGUUUGUGAACCGCUUCAUUGCAGUCUUCAAACACACUCCAGCCAAAUUCUUCUUCACUCUUUUGCUUUCUCUAAUCAUGAUCGGAUAUAUCGCAGCAAUUUCAUUCCAUUUUCCGAUAUCUCCUCUCAACAUUCAAGCGAAAUUAGAAGUCAUGUAUCCUUUAGGUUGGGGACCAAUAGUUCUCAUACUGCUCGUCUAUGAGAUCGGCGGCUACAUGAAUCCGAACGAGGAUCGUGAUUUACUUCGACAGCGACGAGUUCGCGAUGUAGCAGCAGAUGAAGAGAUUGGAUACACGAAAAAGCCGAGGUGGUGGAGUAGGCUAAAUGGUGAUAACAAAAUUGCCACUAUGCAAGAGAGGAUAACUGCCAACGUUGCUGAGGUCGGAGGUGGAGUUUCAAGAGCAAGAGAGAUAGAAAGAGAAAUGGAGAUGGAAGAUCUCCCGUCGCCUACUAGGCAUGAAAAUGACACCGAAUACCCAACGAGAAAUGUUGAGGGAUUGAGAACAGCCGCUGAUGUGCUAUAUCCUCCACAUCUGGAUAUUGAAGGGAGAUUCAGAGACAAUCCAGGGAGAACGAGAAGUUCUGAAGCGAGCUCGGUGACACAAGUUGAAUUUGAACAUGGCACAAGCACUGAUAGUACUGCUUCUAUAUCGGCGCCUCCGCAGAAGAUCAGAAGUAUGCUGGAUGUCUAGUAAUGAUUUAAAUAAAUAAAAAAUGAUUAGUUGGGUGAAAUCCUGCAUGGAAAUAGCUGAGAGGUUUAGUAUGACUUCCCUAUGUUACCUUUGAAGAUUUAAUAAAAAUUACAUCCAAAAGGCCUGUAGAAGUAGCUUCAAUGAUUGUAUAAUCUUUUAUCGAAAAUUACGAUCCAAGAAACAACGUUACGUCA